AUGGUGGCACACGAUGAUGGAGGAGACUUGUGUGGAAUCGAGCAACAACCAUCUACAAAUGUGGCAGACAAUACCUCCAGUAGUGAAUUUUCUACUGGUCUCGACAUAUCAACUUCCAGAAAAACACUUCUCAACGGGGCUGGCACCUCUUCCAGCACAGGAGAAGGCAAACUACGCAUAUCAAAAGUCGUCCCCAGCAGGCUACAGAUACUGAAACUCUCUUCCCCUACUGGGUUAAGCUCUCCAUCGGCCAAAUUCAAGCAGAUCGUCGAGGGAAGAGACGAAAUGUCCCGUACAGUACCUUCAUCUACCACUCAACGGUUCAGAGAACGCCUCCAGAGAACCCUCUCCAGAAAAAUCAACUUGGAAUCAAUGUGUGCCAUGUUCAAGACCUGGAUCAAGAGCCCACUCAACAUGGUACUCCUCCUAUGGAUAACAUGCGUUGCAGCUUCGGGAGCUUUACUCUUCCUGGUAAUGACCGGAAUGCUCAACCACGCCAUACCGAAGAAAUCGCAGCGAGACAUCUGGUUCGAGGUCAACAACCAGAUCCUCAACGCCUUGUUCACACUCAUGUGCCUCUACCAGCACCCGAAACGCUUCUACCACCUCGUCCUCCUCUGCAGAUGGAAGCCACCAAAGGACAUAACCACCCUCCGAAACGCCUACUGCAAAAACGGUACGUACAAGCCCAACGAAUGGGCUCACAUGUUGGUCGUCAUUUCCUUGCUUCAUCUCAACUGCUUUGCCCAGUACGCUCUCUGUGGGCUCAACUUGGGCUAUAGAAGAUCCGCUAGGCCUGCCAUUGGCGUUGCUAUCUGUCUCUCAGUCGCUAUAGCUGCCCCUGCUAUCGCCAGCGUCUACUGCAUCCUUAGCCCCCUCGGCAAGGAAUACGAGGACCUUGGAAUGGACGAUGAUGUGGAAUCUCAGAGUCGAAGAUUGUCGUCGUCGGAGAAGAGGUUCUCGUUCGCAUCGAGAAGCGAGCUAGCCGACUGUGCAGAGAAUGCCCCGAAUUGGAAGGGUGGGCUGUUUGACAUAUGGGACGACAUUUCAGUAGCCUACCUAUCACUCUUCUGCACAUGUUGUGCAUUUGGGUGGAACAUGGAGAGGCUAGGGUUUGGCAACAUGUAUGUCCACAUCGCGACGUUUAUGCUCUUCUGCUCGGCCCCAUUUUGGAUCUUCAACCUGGCUGCCGUGAACAUCGACAACGACACUGCGAGGAGUGCCAUGGGGUUGAUUGGGGUUGUGCUUUGCUUGUUCGGUUUGCUGUACGGUGGGUUCUGGAGGAUUCAGAUGAGGAAGCGGUUCAAUUUGCCCGCGGCGGACAAGGACGUGUGCUGUGGGAAGCCGGAGGUUGCAGAUUGUGCGCAGUGGCUGUGCUGCUGCUGGUGCUCUCUGGCGCAAGAGGUCAGGACUGCUGAUUUCUAUGACGUGGUGGAGAACAAGUUUUACAGGAAGCAGGGGAAUGAACUGCCAGCGAUGUCGCCUCUGGGACGUGAAGGUAGGAACCCGUCUCCUGCUCCGAGUAGGCCGACGAGACUGAAUUACAGCACGGGGAGGCCGGUGUUUGAGAUCCAGCCUCAGUUUUCUGCAGAGGAUGAUGAUGUUAUGAAGCCACCUGUUUUGUCGUCGAUUCAAAGAGAACAAACGAGUGGUCCAAAGUGA